AUGAAACUGAUGAGCACUGAUGUGCGUCAUUUCCACGCUUGUGUAUACAAAAUAUUUGAAGAUUCAAACUGGGAAAUCCGAUACCAAGGUCUGGAUAACCUCUAUGGUUUAUUUACAAAGAUGGAUGCUGCUUUUCAAACAAAAUGGCUGCCCAUGCUAUCGUACCUCGGGCCUGUCUUUAGCUAUUUUGUUGGAAGUCUAUGGGACAAGGAGGAAUAUGUCCGAGCUAAGGCCUUUGCGUUAAUCCGUACGUUUGGCACACUACAUCUGCGUUCGGCGUUUCGAUGCUGGGAAGCUUAUUUCCUAACCGCCACUGACCGACAAAGGACCUCAGUUAUCAAGCUGAUGAUUCAGUUGAAUGCCCUCUUCCCCGAUUGGCAGGUGAUCCAGUGGGAGUCUUUGCUGGAGGCACUGGAAGCCAAACAAAACGACAAGGCCGAUACCCAAUCUUUCGAUAUCCUAGAACGCUAUAUGCGCACAUCAUCAUCCAACGCGCGCCAUCAUGACGACAAUGAUGGCAACCGUAACUCCAACACAGAGAGCGAGAUCGAGCAAGAAAACGAGGAUAUGUUAACCAUUGAAAUCGAGAACGCGCGCGUACUGAUGCUGACACUUGCACUGCAAAUGUUGGGCAGCAAUUUGCCGGUUGAUACCGUCCAAAUUUCCCGGUUAAAAUACAUUCUUGUCGACUGUAUGGGCUUCAACAAUUGUCGACGCUAUGUCACCUCGGGCGAAUGGGUUGUGACCUUUGGCAGCAUGACGUAUGAUCCUGCCAAUCCGCUUCAGAACUCCUUCUUGAUUGCCGCAUCACGAGGACUCAAAAAGAUAAUGGAUAGUUUUGCACCACUUCCUGCUGAAACUGUUGCAUCUAUGGCUCCCGAUGUAUUGGAACAGAAUCGGGUCGAGCUUGCAGAAAACAGUAGCCCAGGUGUGCAUUUUAUCGACGUAGUGCUCAAACUGUUCAACUCGGGCGUGGAUGUCACUUCACUCAACCACAUGAUGCUUAAAAUAUGGCUUGAAACAAUUUUGAUUGUCAUGUACAAGCACAAUAUCCUUGAACGCGAGUUCGAGCACAGCAUUGUUAAUUGCAUGAAGCAGAUUAUCGAGCUGCUUACCAAGGAAAUCAGUGAAGAAAAUAAGCUCUUGAUUCUAGAGAUUCUUAAGUGUCUGCUGCGACGAUCAGAUCACCUGACAGCCAUGGUCCUGUCAAAACAGAUCAUGGCGUUGGGUAAACUCAUGACCAAGCUUGGAAACAAAAUGAGUGAGCCGGUUUUCCUGAAAGCAAAGGAGUUCUUAAAAAGCGCUUUUCUUCGAUUUGCUGUCGCCGGUUUGUUUGUACUCAUGUUCAAGAAUCAAACGGUAUCGGACUCCAAUAACCGAGAUGUGGACUUGUUCUUUGUGUUACGGACCGUGAUCGAUCCAGAAGAUGUCGUUCCUGAUGAAGAUAUGCACGAAAUCGUAUAUCUACGCGAUCAACCUGUGCGCGAUGUGCUGGACAAACUGAUGAAGCAGCAGAUGGAGCGCAAGGCAUUUUCGACUGUUCUCCACAACAUGUGUCGCUAUGUAGAAACCGUGCAUUCGCAUCCAUAUUCUGAAUCUAUCUUGAAUGAUUAUGCCAUAUUUUUAAAUACGCUCACCAAGCACACAGCCGGCUGGCGGAGGCCCGAAUGGGAUAUAAACCCGUUGUUUACAAUGUCAGCCAUACUCUUAAAAGAACAUCCCUAUCACUACGCAAUCCUAUUACCGCAAAUCCAAAAUUUGUUCCGACAUGGUCUGCAACACUGCACAAUCAAUGUCGAGAACGUCGUCGAGCUGCUGGCAUCAUACACUGUACUUAUUAGCAUUCCCGGUGCCUCACCCGACAAUGUAUUUGUACAAAUCAUUACCGAAGAAGUCAAGAACGGCCUGAACUCUCGAACAAAGUUACACAAGGACACAAUGCUUGUUCUACUAGAGCUCAUCCUUUGGGACAGCAAGCCAGAUCACGAGGGAUGGUUUGCUCAGGUCGAGCAAGCACUUCCAGGCGAGCAUCCUACUGCAACAGCCAGCGGAGGCUAUCGCCGGGUGCGAUACUUUGAUGCAAGUUUGCCAUCCUUACUAGAACCCCUCGGCUUUUUUCUCAAACUGCCGCCAGCAUCACAGCAAUUUACGAAAAAGGAUUUCAAGACGUACAACACUGUCGCUGAGCUGCUGGUCAACUUGUGCGUUGAAGACAACAGUAACUUGUACCGUAUAUUUGGAAUGCAAAAGCUGGACGAGACACGUCACUGCCUACGGUUUCUCAGUUGGUUCCUUUUGGCAAUACUGCGCGAACCUAGUACAUCGCUGCUACUGGUCGAGUUUGAGGAUACGAUUAUAGAGCUCCUCGUGCAGACGUUCAACUCGAUCCCUAUAGACUUUGAUACCCCUGAUUUAAACUUUUCCUAUAGUCCCGCAGGCGAAUCGCUCGUUUUGAGCUUCUUGAUUGUCAAGGCAUGGGUGCUGCUGAUUCUACGCUGGGAGGAUAACCGCCCAACAUUUUGGAUGUCUCUAUGGCCUGCCUUACGACGGCUGCUAAGUCGGAUCGACCCGGAAACACUGUCUGUUGCCGGAAAUAUCGGAUUGUCAGUCUGGAAUUUGCUCCUGUCGCUGUUGCAAUUCCUAUUUGCAUGCCGCAGCCCUGUUAUCAUGCACAGCAACGGCCAGGCAGCACAAGAGCUUAUGACCCUGAAUGAAUUUCGAAAUCAGGUCCAACAUAUCCAGCGCAUGUUUGUUACCCCACCGGUGCAAGUGCCAUUAGCUACGCUGAAUGAUCAGCUAUUUCUUGAGCUACGAGAUGUCAUGCGGCUUCAGGCAGAAACAAUCAUGUUCCAAAGCAGUAAAGCGUUUUCAAGUACAGCCAAUGGCAUGUAA